AUGCAAACAGUACUGCUAAUACUCUCUAUGAUUCUCUUCUCAUCUGGUAUCAAUGCACAGUUUUUCGGUGGAUGCAGUGCAGGAUUUAGUAUGAUUGGAUGUGGUGGAUAUGGCUAUGGGUUUGGUUAUGGAGGUUAUAGUCCACUUGGUGGCUUUAGUCCAUAUGGUGUAGGGAUGGGUAAUUUUGGUGUUGGUUGCUGUGGAUUCGGAGGUUUCUAUGGACGGAAGUAA